AUGGCCAUGAAGGGGCAGAUACUGGCCGACUUUUUAGCAGAAGUCCCUGAGGAUGAAGAGAGGGAACUUUUAAAAUGGGAAGCCUCGGAGAAAGAAGAAAAAGAAAAGGAGGACGAGGCUGUGUGGGAGUUACUCACCGACGGGGCCUCUAAUGAAGAAGGGAGCGGGGCAGGCAUCACACUGAUAAGCCCCGAAGGGAUUGAACUGACAUACACAAUAAGACUGGACUUCGAGAACACCAACAACACUGCAGAGUAUGAGGCCCUCUUGGCAGGAAUGAGGCUGGCACAAAAAAUGAAAGGAAGGCAUGUGGAAGCUAGCAUUGAUUCACAACUGGUAGUAAAACAGUACCAAGGAGAGUACGAAGCCAAAGACAACAUCAUGGCUCAGUACGUGGCGAAAGUAAAGGAAACAGCCAAGGCAUUCAAGACUUUCAAAUUAGAAUACAUCCCCCGUGGAAGGAACAGAAAAUCUGAUGCCCUCAGUAAAUUGGCCUCGGUGGCGUUUGACCACCUGGCAGGAGAAGUCAAAGUGGAAGUCCUGACCUCUCCUUCCCUCAACACGAAGGAGGUAACCGCAAUAGAGAAUGAACAGGAAACAUGGAUGACGCCGGUCAUAAAGUUCCUCAAGGACGGAACAUUGCCCGAGGGAGACUGGGCAACCAGAAAGGUAAGGGUCAAGGCCCUGCAGUAUGAGUUGAUUGAUGGGGAGUUGUACCGAAGGUCAUACCUAGGUCCAUCCCUGAAAUGUGUUGAUAUGGAGCAAGCUGAGUAUGUGAUCAAGGAAAUGCAUGAGGGGAUUUGUGGAAUGCAUUCGGGGCCAAGGACGAUAGUAACAAAGGCGAUGAACGCGGGGUUCUAUUGGCCACGAAUGUAUGAAACGGCAUCCGAGGAGAUUAAGAGAUGUGAUAAUUGCCAGGUACAUGCACCAAUGACCCACCGACACAAACACCCCAUGAUACCAGUCUCAACGUCAUGGCCCUUCCAAAAGUGGGCCAUCGACAUAAGCGGGCCAUUCCCGGAAGGUCCAGGUGGGGUCAAGUAUGUGGUAGUGGCCAUCGAUUAUUUCACCAAGUGGAUCGAGGCGAAGCCGUUGGCAAAAAUAACUGGGGAACAGAUGAGGCGGUUUGUAUUAGACAACAUCAUAUGCAGAUACGGGGUCCUAAAAGAGCUGGUGAGUGAUAAUGGCGUCCAAUUUACUGGAAGACCUUUUAAGCCAUGGUGUGAGCAGAUGCACAUUCAACAAGUGUUCACCUCCGUCACCCACGCCCAAAGUAUUGGAUUGGUAGAGAGAGCUAACCAAAGUGUCAUCAAAGGAAUGAAGGGAAGACUCGGGAGAAAACAAAAAGGAUGGCUGGAAGAACUACCAUUCGUGUUAUGGGCAUACAGGACCACUCCUAAAGGUUGCAAUGUAGAGACUCCUUUCAGCCUAACCUACGGGACAGAAGCUGUCAUGCCAGCUGAGAUAGGAUCCCCAACUGCUCGAAUGAGGCUCCGGGAGGAGGAAAAUGAGCAAGACCUCAGGAUGAACUUGAAUCUCUUGGAAGAAAGAAGAGAAAUAGCAGCAGUCAGGGAGGCCAAAUACAAGAGGUAG